UUUGAAUUUUUAAUGGAUGAUAUGACCAUCAAGAAAGGAACAACAUCGAAACUUCUUGGUGCUGAUUUGUCAAAGAGCUUCCCCGGAGCACUGUAUUCGCCCAGUAAACAAGCCCAAGGAAAACCAGAACCCAUACCCCACCCACCAAACAAACCCCUGAGCCUUCUCUCAAAAACAGACGAUGAUUUGCAACCGCUGAGCUGGUUGGUUUCUCCUAACUUGUUGCACAAUGUUUGCGGUAGGCCGGUCCAGUCGAAACCUCCGCCACCGAAAAAGAUUAUCCACAGAACAGCCAAUCCAAGUGGCAAAUUCUCAUCCAUGCAGAGCCACUUCAAGCUGAGACCGCAGCCUUAUCAUCCACCCAAAAAGAAUUUCUCCGUUCCAGCAAUGAAAGUACGGGCUAUCAAAGUGAACGGACGACUGAUAAAACAGGAGCCCGGCGAGUUUAACCGACUCUACGCUCCCAGAUCUCACCCAUAUAAGUUGGUCAACCGAACUAGGCCCACUGCAACAACCAGAUCUUUUAGAUCUAAAUAUGCCAAACCACCUUACUCCUUCGCUACUCUUAUCUUCAUGGCGAUUGAGGAGUCAUCUGCAAAGAAGCUUCCCGUAAAGGACAUCUAUAAUUGGAUCAUUGACAGAUUCCCGUAUUAUCAGCUGUGCGAUCGAGGCUGGAAGAACUCUGUUCGACACAAUUUGUCCCUGAAUCGAUGUUUCAAGAGGAUCGACAAAGACCGAAGAUUGGAGUGUGGUAAAGGAAGUUGGUGGACUGUUGAUCCGGAACUGCGACCUGAACUCAUCCAGGCGUUUAAGAAACUUGGCAACGUAAACAUGAUUCCUGGACCUAUAGGAAGUGAGAAUAUCACCCCUCCGACUAGCCCUCUGUUUCAUACUCCCCCCUCCUCGCCUACCAGCGUCUUCAACCCCUCUACUACUGAAGAGGAGACAGCAGCAGAAGCUUUGUGCCUGAUGAAACGUAACGCCGGAACCCCUCGUAACUCCUCAGAUGCCUCAAAUGGUACCGAGACUCCGUCUACUUCGAACAAUCCUUCCUCGAGUGAGUCGAGUCCUGAACAAAUGCCGCCCCUAGAGCAACUCCCGACCAAACAGCCUAGAACAACGAGGAGUUCACAGGGACAAAAGAGGAGCAUCAUUAUCGAUAAGAAAUCAGCUGAUGGUGUGUGGGCCCUACUCGAAAUGGCGAAGGGGAGGCCAAAAUCAUCUAAAUAAGCAAUAGUUGUUUGUUUUAUAUGAUGAGUUGAUUUAAGGGAGCUAGUGGAACUAGCGCCACAGAGAAUAAGACGAAAGACGGCUUCGGGCUUCCGCCAAUGAAUAUACUGCAGAAAAAGCAACCUUCCAUACAAAGCUGGACUUUGUGCUUCGCAAGUUGAUAUUACUAGCUGAUAGCCAUGCUGUUGCCUAGCAGUCGGCGACAUAGAGUUCUGAACAAGGAACAGAGUUAUACAAAGAGCUUAAAGACUCGUUUUACCGAAGAUUCUUGGUAUCUUUUAUUUUGGGAGUUUUAGUGUGACUUUUCUUAAUGUUUGUUGUAAAAGGAAUUUUGGUAUGUUGCUAAUAUGCUGGAACUUUUAAAUUAGAUAGUGACAUGAAUUUUGCAAAAUGUAACAUUGAUAUGUAGUGACUUAUCAAACUCUGUAAAAACGUUAUCUAAUGCGACCUAUGACGGUUAACAAUAAAAUGAGAUAAGGGUUUCGGCUCGAGAUCCAUUUUUUCUUGUUUGCCCUGCCCUUCCAUAAGAGAAAAAUGCCUCCACAAUAGCAUCAGUGCAGGCUGUUUUAACUUUGACGCAUUAGUUUAGAAACGUAGGGUUGUUUUAAAAUUUGUUUAAUUUAUUAAACUGCGUAUUUCAUCUCUUGACCAUGGAACGAAAUACUGACCAACUUUAGAGAAAGUAGUUAAAUUUUGGAUUUUUAAGCGAGUACAUAGAUGUUUCUUCAUUUAUCAAUCCAUAUUUGCUGUGAAUGUUUUGAUUUUUAUCAAUUUUGACUCGACCGCCAUGAUAAGGAGCAUUUACGAUAUCAUGGUCGAUGGUAUUGUUUUUUUUAGAGAUAUUGAUAGAAAAGCUCAACAAUUCUCUGAUAUUUGGCUCUGUGAGAGAAGAAACAGCAAAGUUUGAUCAUGAUUGAUGUUUUGUAUAUUUGCUCAAUUCUUUGAUAAAGUA